CAUAUGUAUACUUGAAAAGUCUUUAAAUAGUUAUCACCCAUUCUGUAAAAAACUUUUCAACAUGGCAGUUUGUGAUAUAUCCUGACCGAUUUUGGCCACCGCGGCUAGUGUCUUAUGACACCAGUCAGCUGCGUGGGACAUAAUAAAGGGUGCCAAUAAACGUGCACUCUCUGUUCCCUUACCUCGUUUUUCCGACCGGAGGGAGAUCAGGCGCAGGAUGCACAUCGUUUUCCACGUUGUGAUAUAUGUCACUCAAACGCAAACAACGUUCAAAAAGUCGGUGGAAGACUUGAGUUUGAGAUCAUUGUCUUGGCGGUACUAGUAAUAGGUAACACUGUCUUUAGCUUGGUGUCUUACGACAUAAUAGUCGCAAAUAUCGCAUUAUGUUUGUGCUGACUAUUUAUUAAUUUGAUGAGACGUAUACUGCUAAACUAUAUGAUAUUUAAUACAAAUUACAUUUUUUUUGAUAAUUAUUGUAUUAAGACUGUUUACUUAAGAGAGGCAGUCGCUCCUUGAGAAAACUCCAGUUUUACAACACACAAUGACCGGAUGAUCCUCAGAAGGUAAUGCUCAAAUAUGGGUAACGGAAAUAAUUUGUUACUCAAGUGAUGAGCUGUUUUUGAGGGAGUGCCUUAAAUCGUAGAAAGUUCUUACUCAACUCAUAAAAUAACAUACAGAAUAGGUAGACAUAUAUGCCCAUAUCGAUCUAUAUGAAAUGACGUACUUGUUAUAAUUGAAUGAAUUGGAAGAUAUCUUUCAGAUAGUAAUUCUGUUUCAAAACGUAACUUACUUGAUUUCCUUGAUUUUAAAGAUGCUUCUUGGUAAGAACCUCUGAAAUAUUGGUAAGAACUUUUUGCCUUACCUUCUUACAAUAUUUAAGAGGUUAAUCUACUCAUUAUUUUAGAUAUUAAAAAGAUAGUUAUUAAUUAUAAUUAGUCUUCUUAAAGUGGUAAAGCCAGCUCUUUAGUGAAGUCGUAAAAAAGUCAUGGUACAUAUUUCUAAUUAACUGGUUUACUAACAAUCUGAGAAGUAUCGAAACAUAUCACACAAAAUAAUAAUCGUAUUGUUUCGUAAUAAAGGUGAAGUCGCAUCCCACGCGAGCAAUAAUCACGAUGACAUCAAUGGCGUCAUCAAAGGAUUUCAAAAUCCGUGCGGACGUCAGAUCCGAUCCGGGAUAGCCGGGGCGGAGCAGGCGCGGAACUUUCACGCGUAUAAAACGGCUUGUGUGCCGGCCGCCGCGACCAGUGCGCGCACACGAGCGGCACGCGCGCCGAGCAAACACCGCGACGCGAAACGAAAGUGAACCGAGUACCACUACCACUUACCCCAGCACCACGUACCCCACGGACCACAGACACCAGUACCACUUACACGUACGACGUGCCAGACUGUGACAGUGAUUGUGCGAACUCUGGAACAGUGAUCGGUAGCUGCCUGUGUUAUCCUGAAACUGUUUCUCCGGACCGGACCCACUCGUAGCGCUCACCUGAAAAGGCUUUAUUGAUUCGGGUCACACUCGAAUUUAUGUCACCAAGAUAUUUUGGACGCUGACUGACUGCUCUGUGACCAUGAAGAGGAUCAGGUUGCUGCUGGUGGCCGCUGUGCUCCUCAUAAAGGAAGCGACAUGCGAGCCUCCGGUGGACUCGGCUUCGUUGCCGUUGGAACAUCGGACAGGUGCCGGCUACGGCCCGCCCCUGCCACCCUCACACACGGACGACCCGUGGCCCCUGGCGACACCGGAUAGCCCGAAAAUAAAACACUUACAAGUUCAAUGUGAGAAGACACGCAUGCGCGUCAAUAUAGAAUUUGACCGGCCCUUCUACGGCAUGAUCUUCUCUAAAGGAUUCUACAGCGACUCUCACUGCAUGCAUCUUAAGCCAGGAACUGGACAUUUGAGUGCAACUUUCGAAAUCUUCCUCAACAGCUGUGGAAUGUCUAGCUCUGCCAAUCACAACGUUGCUGCUUAUGGAAGUCCAACUCCAAGUGGCUCCUACGUUGAGAACACGAUCAUUGUCCAGUAUGAUCCCUAUGUCCAAGAAGUAUGGGAUCAAGCAAGAAAACUUAGGUGUACGUGGUAUGACUUUUACGAAAAGGCAGUUACAUUCAGACCGUUCCAAGUGGAUAUGUUGCACGCUGUCACCGCGAACUUUCUCGGGGACAACCUGCAAUGCUGGAUGCAGAUACAGGUUGGAAAAGGACCAUGGGCUUCAGAAGUGUCAGGCAUAGUUAAAAUUGGACAGACCAUGACUAUGGUUCUCGCUAUCAAAGAUGAUGAAAAUAAAUUCGAUAUGUUAGUGCGAAACUGCGUGGCACAUGACGGCAAACGAGCACCUAUCCAAUUGGUUGAUCAAUACGGAUGUGUGGUAAGACCUAAGAUAAUGAGCAAAUUCCAGAAAAUCAAGAACUUUGGCCCCUCCGCAUCUGUAGUGUCUUUCGCAUAUUUCCAAGCAUUCAAAUUCCCCGACUCAAUGAAUGUACACUUCCAGUGCGUUAUUCAAGUAUGCAGAUAUAACUGUCCAGAACCUAAAUGCGGUGGUCUCGGCGCAGACUACGGAGUACCAUUGUUAGGAGGAAAUACUCUUGGUGCUGACGAAUAUGGUGUACCGAACUCACCUCACGCUGAAUAUGGCCCACCACCACCAGCACCUCACGGAGAAUACGGCGUCCCACCCGCUUUCCCCGAUCCACGACAUCCAGCGGAUGCGACAGGAUCGUUCUCAGAAAAACGCGAUGACGCCGUACCGCCCCCUCAAGCUCAGGUCUCCUCGACACCAAACGCGCCCAGCCCAUCUUCACCUGCACCAGCAAGAGAUGAGGACGAAGUCAACCUACCUCCCCCUCCUCCUCCAGGCCGUCGCGGUGUAUACAACACUGUUAAGAGGAAAGACGAAGGCCAUGGAAACCUGGCCACCCUAGGAGGAAGACCACGCUCGGUGGAGGACUUACCGGAAAGACUAGUCGGUGUAAGACGAAGGAGAGAGACGUCAUCGCCUACAAGAAUCUAUAAACGUGACGCUCAAGAAAUGACAGACGUCAAUACUAGUCGAACAAUACAAGUGGUAGCGCCUGGCGACGUUAACUUCGCGCUGAACAACGCCGCAGCCAACGAGACAGUGGUGAUCCAGUCGCCGGCGAGCGACCCGGAAACGAUAUGCAUGUCGGUGCCGUCGUUUGUGGCGGGACUGGUGAUGCUGCUGCUGGUGCUGGUGGUGGCGUCGCUGGUGGCCGCCUUCCUGUUCGUGCGCGUGCGCGCUCUGGACAGGAAGGGCGCGCACGGGGCCGCCGCCUACUUCGAGACGGAUUACGUGAAGCACACGAACUAGCGAAUGCGUCGGUGCGAGUGACGCGGGGACGUUCACAAACUUUACUCAUAUCCAAAGAGCGUGCGCGCUUCGGUCCCGGUCGGACGGCGCUGGUGUGCUGUCGCGGUCGCGAUCGAAGCUCGGUGACUGUGUCAGAUAUCUAUUUAUUUAGUUUUUGUAAUGAGCGUGAUGUAUAAUAUGUACGACUGUUUUUGUAAAUUAUUUUAUUCGUGUGAAAAGCACCUGUAUUUGCCUUGUAGUCGAUACGUCUGUUGUAAUUUUGUAAAGAGUCGUAAGUAAGAUUUAAAUGUAAGGUAAAUACUAAUUAAAUACCAAUCAAAAGUGUCGUGUGAGA